AUGCUGUCCAAAGUAGCACUCUCAUCUUCCCCUUCAUCAGACCUGAUCCGACGCUCUAUCCUCGUCCCUCUCAGCACCGCCACCCUGUGCUAUCUGACGUUCUUCCUCGCCCUCCUCAUCCCCUUCUUUCAGCGACACUUCAUCUUCCUUCACUCCAUUGCCUUUCCCCUCUUCCCGACGUACAAUCAGCCUCAAUGUUACGGUCUGGCACCGCACAAGACCCGCAACCUCCAGCUGGCCACCUCUGACGGAGAAAAGAUAGGAGCAUGGCAUGUUCUUCCCGAGAUCUACUACCAAUCCGAACUCCCUGCGAAGCAAGAUGAAGAAAAGUGGGGAGAUGAUGUUUAUUCAAGGGCAUUGCGCGAGUAUCCAACAAUACUGUAUCUUCACGGGAACUCGAUGAACCGGGCGGCACCUUGGCGUAUUUCCGCUUACCAAGGCAUGACUUCGAGGGUUGAUGCAAAUGUGAUCGCUAUCGACUACCGUGGGUUCGGUGACAGCAGCGGUACACCUUCUGAGCCCGGGCUGGUGGAAGACGCGCAGACAGCUUACGACUUUGUUCGCGAACAACAGGGCACAGCGAAGCAACCAGUGAUAGUUUUCGGUCAGAGCUUGGGCACAGGAAUCACUGCUUUGUUAGCUGCUGCUCUUGAAUCUCGAUCAUCACCUGCAGAUGGAAUCGUGCUCAUGGCUCCUUAUACCGAUUUAAAGUCUCUCGUGAAGGACUUCAAGGUCGGGGGCUUGCUCCCAGUACUUAAACCUAUCGGCUUGAUUCCAUUCAACAGUGUCAUUUUGGAUACCUUCCUCAAGACUCAUCUGAACACCAAAGACACACUCCCGCAGUUAGAGAAGACUCCAGUGGUGCUACUCCAUGCAAAAGAUGACCCUGUCAUCCCACUCUACCACUCUCAUAAACUGUUUGAGAACAUCCGAUCUCAUCGUAAACACAAAGAAAUUCUGGAGAGAAGAGUGAACGAUUACGCAUCCAUCAAAAAGCUUCCCUCGAACAAAGCUGCGGAGGUGACCCUGAUAGAAACAGACACCGGCGGACAUAACCAGCUCACCGAAGGUGCACUAGACCUCGUCCGACUGGCCCUGAGACUGCCUUCUCAUCUCUCUCUGUCUUGA